CAGAGCGUGGUGGCGGUCACAUGAUCUCGACGGAUGACCUGGAGUACCCGCGGGAGUACCGGACGCUGGGGAACGGGACGCGGCGUUUCUCCAACGUGGGUCUGGUGCACACCUCGGAGCACCGCCACACGGUCAUCGCAGCCCAGAGCCUGGAGGCCCUUACCAACCUGCACAAGGUGGACAUGGAGCGCAAGAGGGACGCCUUCAUGGACCACCUGAAGAACAAGUACCCGCCCCAGCUGCAGCACCCCGGGCAUCAGCACCACAACCCCCCCUCGCCCUCACCCUCCCAUGGCAGCAUGAGGCAGCCUGACAGAGAGCGAGCCGCGCGCGAACAGCAACAACCCAACUACUGGAGCUUUAAGAGUCGUAGCCCGCGUCACUCCCAGUCCACCCAGUCUGGGCUAGCUGACCAGGCCGCUAAGCUGUCCUUUGCCUCGGCUGAGUCUCUGGCUGAGACCAUGUCUGAGGCUGACAUCCCCCUGGGGUUCAGCCGAACCGACCGCUUCCGCCAGAGUCUGCCCCUGUCCCGCUCAGCCAGCCAGAACAAGCUGCGCUCCCCAGGCGUGCUGUUCCUGCAGUUUGGGGAUGAGACGCGGCGGGUGCACAUCACCCACGAGCUGAGCAGCCUGGACACGCUGCACGCCCUCAUCGUGCACAUGUUCCCCCAGAAGCUGACGGCAGGGAUGCUCAAGUCCUCCAACACGGCCAUCCUGAUCAAGGACGAGGCGCGCAACGUCUUCUACGAGCUGGAGGACAUCCGGGACAUCCAGGACCGCAGCAUCAUCAAGAUCUACCGCAAGGAGCCCAUCUACGCCUCCUACCCCGCCACACACCUGGUCAACGGGGACCUGAGGAGGGAUCUGGUGUACACGUCCCGAGAGUCCUCCCCCACCCGCCGCCUCAACACCCUGCCCUCCUCCUCCGCCUCUCCCCCAUCCGGCUCCCCAUCCCGCUCCCGUCUGUCUUACAGCGGGGGUCGGCCCCCCUCCUUUGCCGGGCCGGGUAGUCACCCCCAGCUACAACAACACUCCCAGCACCAGCAGCACCCCCAGCAGCACCAGCCCCAGCACUCCCACCACCCUGGAGCCGGCUCCCACCACGGGGCCAACGCCGGCCUAUCCUCCUCCCCUAGUGCCAUCCUGGAGCGCCGCGACGUCAAGCCCGACGAGGAGGUUUCUGGGAAGAACAUGAUGCUGGUGAAGGAGGGGCUGUACGCCGACCCCUACAGCCUGGUACACGAGGGCCGCCUCAGCAUCGCCUCCACACAGUCGCUGGCUGCCAUUGGAGACCCCUUCGGCUUCCCCGUGUCUGGUGGGCUGUAUCGCCGCGGCUCUGUGCGCUCCCUCAGCACCUACUCUGCUGCCGCCCUGCAGGGGGAGCUGGAGGAUGCCCUGUACAAGCCUGGAGGUCCCCUAUACUCCGACUCCUAUUCCUCAGCCACACUGGGCAUGGGCUUCCGCAUGCCCCCCUCCUCCCCCCAGAAGAUCCCUGAUAUGCAGCUGAGGGACAGGGGGGACUCGUACUCUAGCUCCCCCAGCCGAGCCUCUCCGGUCAGGCAGACCUUCCGCAAGGACUCAGCCUCCUCUUCCGUGUUUGUGGAGAGCCCCAAGUCCAGGCCCAGUUCCAGCUCUGACCCUCUGGUCCUGCAGGCCGGGCCAGGAGGGGACGGGAGCAGGUUUGCACCCGGAUACAGCUCCCCACUCCCUGGAGAGACUUCUGAGUCCAGGGAGCGUCUGGACCGUCUGGAUCGUAUGGAGGCCAUGGAGAAACAGAUAGCCAGUCUGACAGGCCUGGUUCAGAGUGUACUGACCAAAGCACCCGACAGUGACAGCACAUGCGGCCUACUGCGUCUCUGCAUGAUGGCGGGCUGCCCUCCGGACCAGGGCUCGGAGUUCUCACGGCCCUUCCCUUUCUCUUCCAGCGAGAAGACCGAAUCCAACAGCGACGGCUCCGCCACUGGAACUGGACGGCUGAAGCGGAAAGCUCUGACGCCGUCGGCCCCGCUGGCUCUGAUGCCCCCCCCUCCCUCCGGAGACAGCCAGGUCACCACCGUCACCCGGCUGCAGAUGCAGCUUCACCUCCACGACCUGCAGCAGAACGCCACCGACCUGCGCAAACAGCUCUCCCAGCUCCGCAAGAUGCAGCUCCAGAACCAGGAUAGUGUGACAACGCUGCUGAAAAGAACGGAGAAGGAGCUGAACGUGCGUGUGAGUGACGCUCUGAGGAAGCAGGAGGACCCUCUGCAGCGACAGCGCCUCCUGGUGGAAGAGGAGAGACUCAAGUACCUCAACGAGGAGGAGUUUAUCAUCCAGCAGCUCCAUGACCUGGAGAAGUCAGUGGAGGAUAUCCAGAAGGGUUCGUCUGUCAAUCACAAACUGGUGACGGUUCAGGAGCUGGAGGAGAAGGCCUCACUUCUGAGGAAACUAGGAGAGACACUCACAGAGCUCAAGAACCAGUUCCCCAGUCUGCAGAGUAAGAUGCGGGUGGUGUUGAGGGUGGAGGUGGAAGCCGUCAAGUUCCUGAAGGAGGAGCCACACAGACUGGACGCCCUGCUGAAACGCUGCAAGAGCGUCACUGACACACUGACCACUAUGCGCAGGCAAGUGAACGAGGGCGUAUGGAAGAAGCAGGAGGACUUCCCCAAGCACAGCAGUGAGGACUUCCGUAAGAGUUCUGACUUUGACAUGCCCACCAGCCCCCCUCUCAACCUCAGUGACCUGAGGGGCAGCAGCAGCCUGUCUAACUGGAGCCCCCACUCCAGCCACAGCCAUAGUCACAGUCAUGGUCAUGGACCCAGCCACCCCUCCUCUGGCCCUCACAGGGACAAUCAUCCCCCUGUGCCUCACAAGGGCCGGGCCCUGGAAGAGCUGGCCAACCGCGCUGCCGCUGAUAAGGCUGUGUCUGUGGAGGUUCGACUGGCAGCAGAGCGGGACUGGGAGGAGAAGCGGGCCAGUCUGACCCAGUACAGUGCUCAAGACAUCAACCGUCUGCUGGAGGAGACCCAGGCUGAGCUGAUGAAGGCCAUCCCAGACCUGGACUUUGCCGCCAAGCAGAUCAACAAGCCCUCCUCCAACACACCCUCCCAGUCUCAGACCCCCCAGAGUGGGGGAGGGACCACAGAGCACCGCCCUACCAAGCCCCAGCACGCCACACACAAGCUCUCGGGGAAGGAACCUGGCUCCAGACGUGGUUCUGAUGCAGAGCAGCUGACAGUGACUCGCUAUCGUACAGAGAAGCCCUCGAAGUCGCCCCCUCCCCCACCACCUCGACGCAGCUUCCCAUCAUCUCCGGCUGGCCUGAUCACCCGCAGCGGAGAGACCCUUAUCCCCGGCAAGAGCAUGAAGUCGGAGGUGGAGGAGGCAGAAGCACAGAAGCCCUAUGUGAAGCUGCGACGGACGGUGUCUGAAAACCCGCGUCCUGCGUCCACCCCUCCCACCAUCGCCUCUGGAGACAAGGAGGAGGGAGAGGAGGACAAGAUCGCUGCUGAACUGGAGCUGUUUCAGAGAACCCCCCUCAGGCUCAGCCACCCCCCUCCCCUGUCCCUGCCCAGUGUCCCCCGCAGCAGGACCAGCGUGCCCCCCUCCAGCCUUGACCUAUGGCCCCCAGUGGCCCCGGGCACCAAGGUAACGCCCUCCCUGACCUCGCGAGGGCUUGUAGUGCUCUCCACAGGGUCUCCUGUCAAACACAGCAGCUGGUCACCAGCACACAGAAUUGCUCUGAAGUGCAUGGAUGCGCAUGUCUGUGUUAGAGUGUGCCAGUGUGUGUGUGUGUGUGUGUGCGUGUGCGUGUGUGUGAGCAGUUGUGAAACUCUACACUAUGUCUACCAGCUGUCUAGAGCAUCGUUGGACCGCUCUGGCCUACGGUGGAAGCAGGGCAGCUCAGACUGCACUGCCAGCAUACUGGCAUCACACUCACAGGCACAGAGCACGGCCCUUCCUGGUCCGUCCUUCUCUCCUGUCCCCCGGAUUGUGCUGACAGAGUGUGUGUCAGUUUCACUCUCUCCCUCAGAAGGCUUUGUCAGAGACUUGACACAGGACCAUCAGAUGUCCCCAACAGUGGACCUGUCCCAGAGCCAGACUGCUCCUCCCCAGACAGUCCCCCAGAUCCAGGAGGUCUCUAAGGGGAAGGAUCCCGUCAGCCAGCCCCAGAGGAAGCCCUCUCGGCGGGGGGAGCUGAGAAUCCUGGACUCCUUUGAGAAGGAGGAAGAGAGGGAGGAGAGAGAAGAGCUGUCCUUGGUGCUGACUGAGCUGGGGGUGAUGGUGAUGUCACCCUCGGAGGCCCAGAAGCUCAGCAGGACCUGGGGAGAGGAUCUACAGACACUCACCAUCCCACCUCAGCCUUCAGAGGAAAGCACUGAAACCCGUCUGUGUGGGGCUCCACUACUGGUACUCUUCAGGGAGUCUGUGACGGUCAGAGAGGCCUACAGGAAGCUGCAGUUACUGCUGGGCAGGGAGGAAGACACAAGGUCAACCAAGGUGGACCCCAAGCCCAGAGCAGGAUCUUCUCACUGCAGCCUGAGCAGCAGCCUUGGUACCCUGGGUUCCAGGAUAACUCUCGCCCCUGAGCAGCAGGACUCUCUGAGAGAGGUUCUGAGGAGAGGGGUGGAGACAGGGGCCAGGAACCUGAAACUCCCUCACAGCACUGGAACAAAGAGCAUUCUUGCCACCCUUCCGGAGCCCAGUCAGGACUCUGCAGAAGCAGCAGUGAAACCCAAAGGGUCUGCAGGUUGUAAGGAGAGCCAGGCCAGGGAAGAACAGGGACUGAACCCCUGGAAGCAGGGAGAGGACAUUAGGAGCAGCACCUACAGCAGGCUGGACAGCCUGGAUGAAACCAUCCGUGAGCUGGAGAACACCCUGCUGGAGCUCAGUGGCCACCCCACCACAGUGCAUCUCUCCACCCGCACACUCCCCACUGACACUUCCUUGUCAGAGGCUCCAGCCCCAGCCCAGAUGCCUGGCACCAGCACCUCAGAGACCAAGAAGCCCCCAGUCCCACCCAAGCCCAAACCCUCCUACACUCCUGCCACGAUGACCAAGGGAGGCAACAGCUCUUCAGCUGUGGGUAAAGGCCACUCCUCGGCUGCCUCCAGACUGAAGCACCUGCAGCAGAGCGGCACAGAGAAGACCAAAACUGGCACAAGGGAAGACUUCCUCAAGGGCCAGCAGCAGUGUAUAGGCUGUGUCGACCCAGCUAGAACCGUCACUGUACAACAGUCUCUGGGCUGCUUGAAGCCGGAAAGCCAUGAUCCUAGUGGAAAUGUCCACCAGGCCUUGCCCACCCUCGUGCAGUGGCAGGCCCAUGGGAACAGCAGCAGCAGUAUUGAGCCCCUCCUGUCAGGCACCAAAGCUGCCAGUUUCUCCAGCCGCCUGUCCUCCUCCAGUUCGGCCUCGACUGUGUUCGCCCCGGGUCUGAGGAAGUAUCCACAGGAGGGGACUCUGUCUUCCCUGACAGUCUCCUCCAGCCAGGCCAAAGCCCUGCUGGCCAGCCUGUCAGCCUCCAGCCUGUCAGCCGCCAGCCUAUCAGCCUCCAGCCUGAGUGCCGAGGCCCUGCUCCUCUCCUCCACCUUCCGCCAACACCGCCUCCUCCGCGAGCAGCAGCGCGCCUCCUCCCUGCCCCUGCCCAACGGCCGCUCCUCCAACUCCACCACCACCUCAACCACCACCUCCUCUUCCUCCUCCCCGACCCCCCUGACCUCCCUCAACCUCUCCUCCGUGGGGCUGAAGCCCAGCGGCCGCAGCCUGCAGUACUCCGGCUCCAACAGCUACAAGGAACGUGGCAGCAAGACCCUGCCUAAACCUGUCUCCCCUAGCAACUCACAGUGAAGUACAAGAGGAUGGAUGAGAGGAGGAGGAGGAGGAGGAAGAGGAGGAGCGCAAUCAAAGCACCAUCACAUGCCAAAAAUGAAGAGAAAAACAAACACACUAGCCCCUCCCUCUGCCCUAGCCCUCAAUUCCAAGAGUCACAUGCAGCAACAUAUUAGUGGGGAUUUCCCCAGAGUUGACUUUCUGAGUGUCACUUUGCUGCCCUUGGUCUCAGUCCAGAAGCCAUAAUCUUCACAUAUCUAUAAUUAUACUGUACAAGAGUUGAUGGUGGUUCCUCUCUGGCUCUCCCACUCAGUAGUACUGACAGUUCCCCAGACCCCCAGAGAGAGAGCUCAAAGAUGGACCUCGGCCUCCACUCCCUCCCACUGCCUUGUCUAGUCUGGUCUGAUCCGGCCUAGUCUGGUCUGGUCCGGUCUGGUCUGGUCUGGGUGGACAGAAAAACAGUGCCAGUACUUUAUGAACCCUCAGUUUAUCAUCGCACCAUUUGCCAAAUCUUAAUGGAUGGAACCUAAGUGGAGUAGAUGUGAUAUCUAGACUGUGACUUAUAUUAUACAGAGUAGAGUUGCAAUAAUCAACGAGUACAGUACAGUAGCUGUGUGUGUUCAGAGCUAUAGCAGUCUUAUUCCAUCACCUGGCACAAUGUGAAUCUGUCGAGAAAAACAAAGCUAAACCAAGGUGGUGGUUUCCAUUCUGAGACCGUUUUCUGUUUGUUCCUUUCUUUAUUUCAGACUUAUUGCAUCGCCUGUGUAGAAGUCGAAACUGGUGCUAUAGUUCUCCCUGUUUUGUAAAGAGUUUACACGAAUGAAACGGCUCCCAUUCAACGUGACUGUACAUUCCACUGUGUAUCUAAUACUACAUCCCUGGAGUGGCUUAAGGCUUCUUCUAUCCGGCAUCUGAUACCGUUCUUACCCUCGUUCUCUAUGGCCCCACUAUUAACACAGCAGUUUGGCAAUGGAAGAAAAGGCCAGGGAGCUGCUUUUGUUGAGGUCCUCUGGUUUGAGAGUCUGCGCACAAUUGUAUCGCCCACAAUAGCACAUUAUAGGAACAGUAAUGUGAUGUUACAGUAGAUCAGUUAUUUAACGACUGAGCUGGUGCAAUGAAGAAGGGGGGAAAAUAAAAUAUAUUUAAACAUUGAAAUUGAUCGUUAAAGAAUGUAGAAUGUGUAGACAUGAAUGUUGCACGACAAUCAGGACGUAUCCACAGUGGACGGGUUUUGCCUUGGACUGGCGUUCCCUGCUGCAGUGAUUACACUCUGAACUCAACACACGCUCACGUGACCAGGCACCGGCACACAGCAGUAGAUGCACGCACAGUCUCCGACACGCCGGUGAGACGGAGAUCCGCUAAACUGCUUAUGAAAAGCACAGUCUCCAGUUGUUUUGAGUCAGAACUGUUGACUAGAUUGCCCAUUUCUCUAUUUCAUGACUGUGGAACCACUGGUCAUGAAUGAACCCACACCGGUUUGAUAAUGCAGUCCUCUAGGUAGUAAUCGAUUUGAAUGGUUAAAAGGAACCGAAUGUUCGAGAGAGAGAAACAACAGCACAAAUGAAUUCCCUUUCAAUUCAAUUCCCGGAGAUGUGGACCAACUGAUUAUUAUUUAGCUGAUUAUUUACAAGACAUGCGGCACAAUGAGUUUCAUUUUGGCCUGUGUGUAUUUUCAGCAUUUGCUCGAGACAAAACCCACAAUGAGUUUAUCUGGACCUCCCCCGACACAGAAGCGGGCUUAGCCCACAGCUGUUGGUUUUGCAGUAGUAAGGUUGCCACUGGAAAUGGCUGCUUUUGUUCUGUGAUAUAUGUUACGGAGAAUAAUUCGGUUCAUGUACGAAGGCAGCUCCAGGGUAUAUGAGUGUUCUCCCCUUAAACCGGAGUGCUUACACAGAUCACUGGCUCCAUUCCUCGCAGCUGACUUAAGAGCUUGGAAGUGUUAUGAGGAUAGAAACACACUUUCAUGGUUUCCCUGCUGUUAAUCUUACGCCAGCAAACACUCUGAAGCUCUCUUUCUUCUGUGAUGCGUCACCAAGGCGACCUAGGGGGUUAUGGCCGUGUGUAGUCCUAGUUCAUUCUUCAACUGUUCAGGAGACAAGUGCGUGAAAUCGAUUCUUUGUGGCAUUGAGAUGAAAACAAUUGCUUGUGAAAGAGGCCGGUGUCAAGUGCAGACAGCUUGAGGUGGGGAGAUCGGUUGUGGUUUUCAUGUUUGAAGGCUAGUGUAAUAACAAAGUGCUUUAACUCUUCUCUACUGGGUUCAUGAGGUGUAAAAGGGCUGGUUAGACAGGUUUAUCUGGACAUCAAUGUUUGACACCCUUUUGAAUUUAAGAAGGCUAUUCUUUUUUGCAACUUGCUAUCUGUGCUGUCCUUUGGGGGAGAUGUGUCUAUGAAUCAAACCCUUCUUGGAAGAGGUUCCCAAUGGACCUGUAUGUCUGACUGCCAUAGUGCUGUUAUAAUUGCACAAAAUGAUCGAUGUUGCAAUUUCCCCAUGAGAGCACAGAGUGGACCUAUCUGCAUGAACCCUCUGGAACUUUGGUUUCAUUGGCGACCCACCAAAAUACUGUUCUUGUAGGAUUAUUGCAGUACAGAUCAUGUGCACGUUUGUGUUUUUCAGGCCGAGGAACCUUGGUAUGAUGGCCCAAAUCACAUCAGCGGCUCCGACAACACAUGGUUGUGAAGAUCAGAACAAAGGGGUACAUAUUGGCCCACACACACACACACACACACACACACCAGAGUGUGUCAGAAUGGGGCGGCAGGGUAGCCUAGUGGUUAGAGGGUUCAUGCGGGUUCAUGCAGAUAGGUCCAACCGGAAGGUUGUGAGUUCAGCUCGUUCAAACCCCCGAGCUGACAAGGUACAUCUGUCGUUCUGCCCCUGAACAGGCAGUUAACCCACUGUUCCCAGGCCGUCAUUGAAAAUAAGAAUUUGUUCUUAACUGACUUGCCUGGUUAAAUAAAGGUAAUCGCAAUAAGCACACCCUCUGUUCUAUCAGCGAGGAAACUGCAAGCUCACAGCACAGCGAGUUAGUUAAGCCUCACGCUGGCUGCACUGUAGCAAUGCAGGACUCAAGCCCUGGGUUUUAUGAAGUGAAAGCCAAAUGAAAGAAAUUCACUUACUCAUUCAACUCCACACUCAAAUCCAUAACUCCCAGCGCUGCUUUUGCGUCUGGCAGGGUGAUAGGGAGGAAGUGCGGGAGGUAUUCACACUUCGCUGCUUUUACACAGGAAAGUCCAAGACGAGAACCCCAAGACUGCGUGACAAUGCUUUUUUGAGUCACCAUAGCACUAGUGUUAUUGGACAGGAGAUUUCAAUAUGGCUGAGUCUUGGAGGGGUUUAUUGGUAAUGGGGAUGAGGAGAGGAGAGGAGAGUGGAGGCACUCGUAGUGAAAGCCCCUGGCAAUCAGAGAGAUAGUUCAUGCAAACUUGAAAUGAAAAGUAGAAUAAUUAUACAUAUAUGAAUAUAUCUUCGUUAAGAUGUUUGUGUAUGAUAUUAAUAUAAUUGUGAAGAAAGUGUGACACAUAGGUCUGGAUUAAAUUAUUAUAAUGUACAAUUUAAAUCAUCCUCUUUUGGGGAUUUAUAUCAGUAGGCAUUUUGUACAGUUUUCAAUUCUUCAAGAGAGAUAAUGUAGUUCACAUUAGCAAAUUAUUUAUUCAUAAGCAGAACAUUUGUAUAUUGAUUUGAAAAUAUUUAUCUGUAUAGAAGACAGGACAGGUAUGUAAUAUACAGUGGAGCUCAUUUUUAAUUCUGGGAUAUUUUUAUUAGCACUAUUUUGAACAGUUGUGUGAGUUUCCUCUUUUGUUGGCCUGCUGGCCCAUGCUACUGGUAUGUUAAGGGAGAGGUUGCCCCUGAGCUGGUCCAGUACAAUGUCUGCUCCCAGGCCUCCACUAGCUAACAUUCAUUUUGAGGUAAGAGGAGCUGUUCCUAGACCUGUUCUUAGGGGCGUGCCUUUUCUUUGUAACUUCUGUUGGUUUACUUAGUCCUCUUCUAUUCUCUGUCCUAGUCUUUGUAUUACAUAGCGCUCCCUAUACCUGACUGAUGUGUUCUUCACCCUUGGCGAAAAUGAAUAGCCCAUACUAGAAACCCCUCUACUGGUAUUACAUCAGCAUGGCCCAAAGUUAUUAACGGAGAAGGAUCUCAGCAUUGAAUACGUCAUUUAGGUUUCAAUGACAAACCAAGAGCCCGUAACGCGGAUAGAUAUGGAACAUGAGCUUUUUCUCCAUCAUCAUAAUCUUUGUCUAUUGAGACGUGUUUGGUUCUGUUUUUAAUAAAUGAAAGAGACAUAUGUCUAUUGUUUGACCUGCUGUCUGUGGUGUGUACAGAACUAUAUGAGGUUCUGACAUGAAUGUGUGGAUGUUCCAAAAUCUUAGCAUCGAGAAGAAAACAAAACAAAAUGAUAUGUAAAUAGACUGAGUAAUUCCUAGAAAGUUCAACAAAAUAUUAUGUCCAAAAUGAUGUUAUAUUCAUUCAAAGAUGAUGGAUUACAAAGGUAUAUUAUAAAACAAUGCAUGAAAUAUCGUCAAGCAAUCGCACGGUGCAGUUGAAAAGUGUUGUCUACAUGUUUUCUUAAAAAACAGAGCGAGAUAGAAAAAGCGGUGUACCACUUUCAAGGUUCACAACGGUAGAGAACCAGACCUUUUUACUUUGGAUCUUUCUGUGACACAGUUCAGUCUCACUGUGAUCAGUGAUGCUACGGUGAUGAUGGCUAAGAGUGAGGAGUGUUCCCAACAAUCCCGAACGAUCCAGGAACGCUUCAACGCACCUUCACCAGAAAACCCCACCAAUUACGAUCUCCCACUUGUAGAGUAGCGUGACAUAAUCAACAAUACGAUUUUUUUUAGAUCUAUAUAAAUACCUACUGAUACUGGACAUUCUCAUUUAUCAGUGCUGAUGCCAUGAUAUUCUGUGAGAAAUGUGAUUUUUCUUUUUUUUCUGUGAGAAGACUGGCAGUUGAACCUGCUUCCUUUUGUACAUACUUGCUGUGGUUGUGUGUCUAAUAAAGUGCAGCUCUCUUGUGCA